AUGGAGAAAGUGGAAGGAAGAAACCAAACGCCUGUUUCCAAAUUCCUCCUCUUAGGAUUUGGGAAUGACCCUGAACUGCAGCCCCUUCUCUUCCUCGUGUUUCUAAUGAUCUACCUUGCGACUGUGGCUGGCAACAUCCUCAUCUUUGUCCUAGUUCUGACUGAUCGGCAGCUGCACACUCCCAUGUACUUCCUACUGCAGAACUUGGCCUGUGUGGAGCUCUGCUUCUCCUCCACCAUCCUGCCCCGGCUGCUGGCCAGUCUCCUGACGGGGGACAGGACCAUCUCUGUUAACAGCUGCCUGGUGCAAUUGUAUUUCUUUGGUGUCCUGUCCACUACAGAAAAUGUACUGCUCACGGCCAUGUCCUAUGACCGGUACGUAGCGAUCUGCCAGCCCCUCCGUUAUACCGCCCUGAUGAACAGCCAGGUGGGUUGCUUGCUGGUGGCAGCUUCCUGGAUAAUCAGCUUUGUGAUCUGUACCAUAGUGCAUAAUUUCCAGUUCCAAUUAACGUUCUGCGAUGCCAAUGAAAUUGACCAUUUCUUCUGUGAGUUCACAUCCCUUCUAAAGCUGUCCUGUAGUGACACCAAGAUUCUGCAAAAGGUGGCAUUUGUAUGCGGAGCUCUGGGGACACUUGGGCCAUUUCUGCUGACCCUGGCGUCCUACGUGUGCAUCGUCGCUACCAUCCUCAGAAUCCCGUCCACCACCGGGAAGAAAAAGGCCUUUUCCACCUGCUCCUCCCACCUCCUCGUGGUUACCCUUGACUAUAUGAUGGGCAUCAAUGUCUAUGUAGUGCCAAUAGUCAACAAUGCCAAGGUACCCAAAAAAAUAUUCUCCAUCUUCUGUACAGUAAUGAGUCCGCUGGCCUAUCCCAUCAUCUACUGCCUGCGAAACAAGGAGGUCAACAAGUCCCUGAGAAAAGCUUUCCAUAAAUUGGUUGCUCUCAGAAACGGGCAGAAAAUCUGA